AUGGGAGAAUCACUCAUAAGCGUCGCUGGCAUCCAUGAGAUUUCCCCUUCAGUCUUCUCAUCCAUUCUUAACGUAGCAUACCAUGAAGUCGCAAAUCUCAGCUCCCCGGCAACACUUAUUCUCCUCACCGAGACGACCAGAAAUUCAAUCCACCAUUACACCAAGGACUCGGUGACUCAAACACUCGUUGGAACUUCUUUUACCUCCCCGUUUGUCGGAUGGAGUGCUCAUGAUAUCGCGCGAUUUCUGACUGAGAACGCGGAGGGGAGCAUUGUGGAGCCAAGACUCUUCCUUAUUGCUGAUGAGAAGACGGCAGAAGACGGCAAUACACUACUAUUAGUGAAAGUUCAGACGAAAGAACGAUAUGACGGUGGACUGACGCUCAAAACUGUGCGUUUAGCUGGAGAAUUCGUGAAUAUCGAGGCGGUUGCUGUGUCGAUUGGUGCGAAAGGAGUUGAUGAAUUACUGGAUAUGGUGGAUGGGGAUGGGGUUUUUAGAGGUGGAAGAGGAAAUAUGACUGGACGGCAGCCACCAAAGAAUGGAGGUGAUGCGCCAAAGAAGCAAAUGUAG